AGCCGGUGUGUGCCAGCGAGGAAGAGAGAGAGUGAGAGAGAGAAGACGGGUUGCCCAGCGACAGAGAGGGAAAACCGGCAGGCUGCUGCUACUGGAGCCCCCAGCUUCUCUCGACCACAGGCCUCUGAAGCAUCACCACAUUCAAGACACAUUCUUAGGAUCUGAGGGAUCGCCCAGCCCUACAGGCACACACACCAUCUCUCUGCCUCUGACACUCUGAGACACACAUACAGUGUAGGAGCCCUGGAUCAAUCGGAUCAGUCCCGGGAUGCUUGAGCGAUGGAGCUCUACUUUCUUUUGGACCGGAACGACUGCUUCUCCUCUCCGCAGAUACUACGAAGCUACAGGCAGAGGAUAAGCUCCCCAGUUUUUCCCACAGUGGGUUCAAGCAGCCGGCCCAGCCCUACCCUGCCACUGCUCUAAUUAGAUUCCUCAACCAGAGAGGCAACAGAACCAGGGAGCGGCACCCUCACUGCCUGUGAAGAACAUCUUCCAUGGAGAGACAAAGAGAAGAUAGGAACUCCAAGCCAAAAUCCGCAGAUACCUUUGGUUCUGUGACGGGAUUAGCUGUGGCCACAGGGGGAUAGUGUGUUAGUGUGUUGGGUUUGUGUGUUGUUGCAUGCAUGUAUGGUGUGUGUAAGGUCUUGACUCAUCCCGCUCUCUGCUCCUUUUAUCGACUCUGUUGCUUGUGUAUGUGUGAUUGUCUGUCUCCUCCUGGUGCAUGUGAUAUCAGUUGCCCUGGCAGCAGAGGUGGGACACCCAGUGCUCCCUCCUCUUCUUGCUGCUUUCUGGAGACCCUGGGGACCUGGGGUCUAACACUGGAUGCCUUGUGCACACUUACACACAAGGGGCUAUGGGAUUUAAAGAGAAGCUGUGCUAUGAUUAGCCCUUAUUGAAUUGCUGAUGACCUGCUGAAGGCUUGGCUGACUCAGCUCUUUUGCCCUCCACCGGACAAUCUAAGAUCUGUCAAAUUUAAAUGCCGGGACAGUCCUGUAACGUUGGAGUACCAAUACACUGGAGAACAAAUCCACUACUGCCACAACUACAGUUGCAACAGUUACUACUUAUGUUGUAAUAAUCCAUGAAGUGGAGCUAACAGUGAUGCAUGCUAGCGGAAUCUGAUGAGGCAGAGCUCUGGACUAUUACGCAUCGGACAUCCCACAGGGAAAACCCAUCAAAACUACAUCCACUUGUGUUCCUGUUGAUUUGAAAGCGGAGAGCAGUCGCUGACCACUACAUACUUCCUUUUGCCAAGCUGGCAGUGAUGUGUCCUGACUCAGACUUACAGACUGUGUGUGUAUAUGCAUACGUAUCUGUAUGCCUGCACUGCAGCCCUGGUCUCACAGAGGAAUAUUAGCAGCAGGAUGGGGGGUGUAUGAAACAGCAUUCUUGUGCCAAAGACUCUUCUAUUCUUCAACAUACUGCCUAUAGAAUUCCCCAGAAGGAUUUUUAUUGAGUUUGACUUCUUCAUAAAGCAGCUCUGCACCAUGACUGCACUGAUGGUGUGAGAUAAAAAGGCAUGCAUGCUGGUAGACGUGAAUAUUUCAUAAAGGGAACAGCCUAUAUUCAGUGCGGGUGUCCUUGAGGCUUGCUAGGACCCUGCUGUGACGUUGACGAGUGAAUGAAGAGUUGACCACAGCAUUGCCUGUGUACAGAGAGGGAGCAACAGGAGGAACAGUAGCAGGUGUGCAAUGCAAACUGACAGAACAUCAGCCUAAAGUACUUGCCAACAUCUUAUCGCUCUAGGGCUGCCCUAGUUGUUUCUAAUUUGUGAUCAAGUUUUCUAAUAAGAACAUCUUUUUGAUUUUUGUGGAAAGAUGCAAAGCACUUUAUGGAAAAGUUUAGAAGGAUGAUGAUUCUCCGUAAGGGCAAACUAUUAAUAUUAUGAAACUUCAGCUUGACUACAAAGAUGACCAGGAAAAUAAAGCACCAUGCAUGCUAUGUAGGAGUGGUGCUUUGAGUCAGUGACACUGUGUGUCCUUGUUAACCCUGUUCUGUAGUCACUGGGAUCUCUAACCUCUUUCAGGUUAUUUCAGUUUUUGGUCCUCUUCUGGAAAUGGGCAGCUCUCUUGGUUGUGUGAAACAACCUAGGGAGAGAGGUUCGGAUGGAAUUUCUCCCCUAUCACCCAAGAGGAAACUACGCUUCAGAAGAAAACGUAAAGCAAAAACUACACAAAAAGGUCGUGAGAAGGAAGAGGUGGUUGAAAGCAUUGGACUUAAAGUGGAUGCCACCGCAAGUAACACAAACAAACCAAGUAGCCAAACAGUAAAUGAAACCCCCACCCAAGUGGUCCUAGUUCCUGGUGCACCCCCUAUUCUGGGCAGCACCGGUACUCUCCGGGGGAGCAGGGUGGCAAUUCUCUCUCCUGACCCUAGCCCAGCAUGGCUGGGGGCAUUCCACCAGACAUCGAAAGAAAGGGUUAAGGAGGAGCCACAGGCAGAGGCUACCCAUUCCACACCAGGGGGAGGCAAAGUGUGCCGGGUACGAGAGAGAGUUCAGGGAGUUGUAGAGAGACCUUGCCUUUUAAGUGCCAAAAAUGGAGAACUUGAGGUAGAAGAGGAGGAGGAGGAUGAAGCUGCACAAAGUGAACUGUUGGUUGAUGAUCCCUUGGAAUCAGAGCGAAAAGGUGUGGUUCACAUUCGGGAAGCAGGAGGCAGGCUUUGCGUGGUCCGUACUGUUUACCCAAGGGAUUAUGGGUCACCUGUUUGGCAUGACAAAGGAUCAGAGGUACAUGCUGAACCCUCUGCUGCAUCUCCCAUUUUUGGUGACAUUCAGAAAGUGCAGGUUCAUGAAGGAGAGAGACAGUCUUCUCUGGGAAUAGGUGCACCAAAGACAGAAAUCUUACUUGAUCCAGCAGGGAAAGUGUUCCUGUUAGAUAGCCCUGCUCAGGUAGGAGAAGGUCCUGGACCUCUACAGGACCCCCAGUCCUCAGGCUAUGCCAGCGACGUGCCUCUCACCUCCCCGGAGACAGGGGGUGCUGUUCACAGAGACUGGGGAAGCUCUUCUGAAGUAUUGAACUCGUCCGUGCUGGAAAGUCCCAUUUCUCCACCAGAGAAACCAUCGCAGCCAUUACCUCAGAUCUCUGAAAUCUAUGUGAGUGGGGAGUCGGGGGACCUUACAGCCAAGGAGAAGCUGCUGUUAUGGACUCAGCAAGCCACCGAGGGCUACCCUGGCCUGCGCUGCUCCAACUUCUCCUCCAGCUGGAGCAAUGGCCGGAUGUUCAAUGCCCUGCUGCACAGAUACAGGCCAGACCUGAUUGACAUGGAGGUGGUGGCACGGCAGAGUAACAGGGAGAACCUGGAGCAAGCCUUUGAAAUCGCAGAGUCUCUAGGAGUCACACGGCUUCUGGAUGCUGAAGAUGUGGACGUGCCAUCACCGGAUGAAAAAUCGGUCAUCACCUACGUGUCCUCAAUUUAUGAUGCUUUCCCCAAGAUCCCAGAGGGAGGAGAGGGCAUCACACCUCAUGAGGUCGACCAGCGAUGGGCGGAGUACCAGUCACGCUUCUCCUCAUUACUUCAGUGGACAAGGCAGCACACAGCCCUCAUGGCCAACAAAAGCUUCCCCCAGAACCCUGUAGAACUCAAGGCACUCUAUAACGAAUACAUCCACUUCAAAGAAACAGAGAUCCCUGCUAAGGAGAUGGAGAAGGGCCACAUUGAACACCUUUACAAACUGUUGGAGGUAUGGCUUGAAUUUGGCCGGUUCAAGCUACCCCAGGGAUUGCACCCCAAUGACUUGGAAGAGGAGUGGGGUAAACUCAUCCUGGAGAUGUUGGAGAGAGAGAAAGCUCUGCGGCCAGCUGUAGAGAGGCUGGAGUUGCUUCUACAGAUGGCUAAUAAGUUCCAGAACAUGGCUGUGGACUGUGAAGAAAAGCUCACCCUGGCCAGAAACACACUGCAGGCAGAUAUGUCACAUCUGGAAAAUGGUGAGCCAGCAAGGUGUGAGCAGGAGCUGGGUGCAUAUCUGCAGGACUGUGAGGCUCUGGUCAGACAGCUGCAGGUGGACCUGCAAGUCCUCCGAGAUGAGAAAUACUACCAAGUAGAUCAGCUGGCCUUCAGAGUGACACGACUGCAAGAGGAGCUGGUCUCCCUGAGGCUGCAGUGUUCCAGUGUCUACAGAAAAGGCCACUUCUCGUCUGGAGGACUGCUGGGAGAGCAGACUACUCAGAAGAUCUCUGCAGGCGGUCUUGCGACUCUCGGAGCCCAGACAGUGCUGGGAGCAGUGGGUGCUGUGGCAAGCCUGCUCAGAAGACCCAUGUCACGAUCAGACCUGGUGGCCAUGUCGUCGUCUGAGGAUGAAGGGAGUUUACGGUUCAUCUACGAGCUUCUGGGAUGGGUGGAGGAGACUCAGGAACUGCUAGAGAGGGCUGAGUGGGGGUCUGACCUGCCUUCUGUAGAGCAGCACCUACAGGAACAUCACACCAUCCACACUGCAGUAGAGGAGCUGCUCCACAGCCUGAAAGAGGCUCGCAGUUAUGAGCCAAGAGUCUCUCCCAACUUCAGAAGUAGUUAUUCGGAAACACUGGCCAAGCUGGAGAACCAGUACUGCAAACUGCUCGAGCAUUCGUCAUGGCGACUGCGUUGCCUGGAGAGCCUGCGAGCGUUUGUGUCUCAGUGCACUGAGGAGCUCAUCUGGCUAAAUGAAAAAGAAGAGGAGGAGCUGGCCUUCGACUGGAGUGAGAACAACACCAACAUGGCUGCUAAGAGAGAGCAGUUUGCUGAAACAAGAGAAGAGUUGGAUGAAAAACAAGAAGUGAUGCGCUCCCUACAAGAGACAGCAGAUCAGCUGUGUCUGGUCAACCACCCAGCCAAACAGACCUUAGAGGCCUACAGUGCAGCCUUGCAGACGCAGUGGCAGUGGGUCAGACAGCUCUGUGUGUGUGUCGAGCAGCACCUCAAGGACAACACUGCCUACUUCCAGUUCAUGAGUGAUGCGCGAGAGUGUGAGACGUACUUACGGCAGCUCCAAGACACCAUUAAAAGGCAAUACACAUGUGACAGAAACAGCAGACUAGGCAAACUGGAGGACCUGUUGCAAGACUCUAUGGAAGAGAAGGAGCAGCUGAUUGAGUACCGCAGUUCUGUGGCCAGUCUGGUAGGACGGGCCAAGACAAUAGUCCAGCUCCGCCCACGCAGUGUUGACUGCAUUGUGGGUACCACCACACCCAUCCGUGCAAUUUGCGACUACAAACAAAUAGAGAUCACAGUCAAUAAAGGAGAGGAGUGUGUGCUGGAGGAUAACUCCCAGAGGACAAAGUGGAAGAUCAUCAGUCCUACAGGAAAUGAGGCUAUGGUGCCUUCAGUGUGCUUCACCGUCCCACCCCCUAACCAGGAGGCCAUUGAUAUUGCAAGCAGAAUGGAGCAGCAGUAUCAGAACGUAAUGUCAUUAUGGCACCAGUUGCACAUGAACAUGAAGAGUGUGGUCUCGUGGCACUACCUGCAGAAGGACAUCAGCAACAUCUCUUCUUGGACUCUGGACAAAAUGCGCUCCCAACCUCCAGCUGAGAGACAACAAGCCCUGGAGCACUUAGACAACCACCUGAGCGACUUCCAGACCGACUGUCGCGAGAGCGCCUUCUUCACGCCGUCUGAGGUGCGAGAGCUUGAGAGAGAGGCAGAGAGCUGCCACCAGCAUGCCCAAUCACUGCUGACCUCAAUGGAAACAGUGGAGAAGGAUGAAUCGAUGUCUCGCUCGUACCUCUCAGAGCUGCAGAGCAUCAAGUCUCAUCUGCAGGAAGCAGAGCAGAGACUGUUGAGGGGUAUGAACACUUCGCCCCCCAGUGGUCUGUCAGGAGAUGGUGCGGACACUGCUGUUCACAUAGCAGAACAAGAGAAGCUGCAGCAGGAUCUAAAAGGUCUGCAAUCAAAUAUAGGUGACGUGUCCCGGCGCUGCGUGAACUUCUUUGAGGAAAAACCCACUUCGUCCAGCGUGCCUGUGCUUCGCUCUGAACUCAAUCUGGCUGUAGAGAAAAUAGAAAAACUUGACUCACUGUCUUCUGUCUAUCUACACAAGUUAAAGACAGUGGAUGUGUUGAUGAGAAGUUUACAGAUUGCUGAGAGUCACCUGAAAAAGUACGAGGGUCGGCUGAGUGAGGAGGACAUUGUUCCUGCUGACACCACAGCCAUCCAGGCCCUGAGAGAACAGCUUAAGAAAUGGUACUCAGAACUGGAAGACCAGGAUCACGUGUUCCAUUCUCUGAGCUCGGAGGUGCUGCGGGCUCGAGAGGCAGGAACUCAGCUCAGCCAGUUGCAUCCUGAUCGCAGUCCUGAGCUGGACCGCUACCAAGAAAAAGCCCAACAGCUCAUAGAGAGGUGGAAUGGAGUGCGCAGACAAAUGGAAACAAGGCAAGCAGAUCUAGAGAUGCUGGGAUCAGUCUUACAGCAAUACAGAGAGGGUCACUCCGCUCUCAUCCAUUGGAUCGAAGAGACAACAGAGAAACAAGAGAACACCCAGCCUGAGCAGACAGACAGCAAGGCUCUGUCCGAACAGCUCGCCCAGCAAACGGCCUUGGUGGCUGAGAUUGAGCAGAACCAGGUCAAACUGGAUGAGUGCCAGAAACACUCUAAACACUACUGCACUGCUGUCAAGGACUAUGAACUGCAGCUCAUGACAUUUAGAGCUUUUGUGGAAUCAACCCAGAAGUCUCCAGUGAAACGGAGGAGGAUGCAUUCUUCAUCAGACGCCAUAACACAAGAGUUCAUGGAUCUGCGCACACGCUACACAGCUCUGGUGACCUUGACGACACAACAUGUCAAAUACAUCAGUGAUGCUCUACGGAGACUUGAAGAGGAAGAGAAACAGGUUGAGGAAGAGAGGCAGGCCCGGGUUGGCCAGGUCUCCGAGCUUCUAGGCUGGGUUAAGGGCCUCCAGGAGAGAGCAGCAGGACCAGCAGAAUCCUCAAUUUCUGCACAACAGGCAAUAAAUGAGCAGUUGGCUGCUAAGAAAGAAGAAAUUGCUGAAGCCAUCAGGAGCACUCAGGUUUUCCUGCUUUCAAAACAAGCCAGCAAAUUGUCGCCUGAAGAGCGUGCCCAAGUGACAUCACAGCUGGAUGAGCUGACUGCCACCUACAGCCAGCUGUGUGACAGUUCUGCUGUUCAGCUGCAACAGCUGGAGGAACAGCUGGCGAAAGAGGAGAAACGCAAGGGGCCUGAGACUAUUGCUGGAGUAAUUGAUCUUGGCACUAUGGAGACCUUUCCAGUUUUCCAGGCAGCACAUCGUGGCCUCCUAGACCUGGACACAUGCCAUGUGCUGCUGGAGGCACAGCUUGUAAUGGGUGGUCUGUUACAGCCUGACUCCCCUCAGAGCAUCACAUUAGAAGAGAGUCUUGCCUCUGGUCUAAUUGACAGAGGUGCCUAUCAGUCAUUGUUAGAAAUAGAGACUGCCCUUCAACUUGUCCAGCAGUCUCAAUUCACAAAAAGUCACCUAAUACCAGUGGCUGCUGCUAUGGAGGUGGGUCACAUUAAACAGCAAGUUGCACUUCGCAUUUUGGAGUUGCAGUUGAGCACAGGAGCAUUUAGAGAUGCCUCAAGUGAUGUCAUACUCAGUCUUGAAAAUGCUAAGGAGCAAGGCCUGCUUUCAGUUGCUGUUUACAGUAAGUUACAUUCUGCCCUGGAUCGGAGAGAGCUGAUUGAUCCCAACACAGCAGAAAAGCUGAGUCUGUCAGAGUUCUAUCAGCGAUGUGUUUUGAAUGAGGAAACUGGCCUACGUCUGCUGCCGGUCAAUCAACAGUCGAGGGGAACAGUCUGUUUGCGAUCAGGCAGGAAGGUAGGCAUUUUCCGGGCAGUUCAAGAGGGCCUCAUUGACCGGCAAAUCACUAUUCGAUUACUGGAGGCUCAACUGUUUGCUGGAGGCAUCACUGAUCCGCGAUCAGGACAUCGACUGACGGUAGACGAGGCUGUGCGCCAUGGCCUUAUAGAUCAGGACCUGGCCUGUGCCUUGCUAACUCGACAGUUGCAGGCUGGAGGGAUAAUAGACCCUGCUAGUGGAGAGCGCCUGGGAUUGGAUGAGGCCAUCCAGAGAGACCUUUUAUCUCCACGCAUGGCUCUACGCAUUCUUGGAGCUCUUUGGGGUUUUAUGGGCAUGUUAUGGCCAGAGUCAGGAGAGCUGCUUUAUAUCUCUGAUGCCUUACAACAAGGUGCCAUCUCAGGGGAGCUUGCCCGCAAAGUCUUAAGAAAACGCCAUUCUGUUGGUGCAAUUUACUGCCCAGAAAGUGGUCAAGUGGUUCCUCUAGACCGUGCUGAAAAGAUGUUGGGACUAGAAGAAACAAAGCUCCUACAAGAAACACACAUUCCAGAUCUUCUGCCCACCAUGUCCUCUCCUUUUUCUUCACCGCCUUACCUUCAGCAUGACCGUUCUUCUGGUUUAGAAGGAAUUGGACCAGAAGGUCAAUUUAAGCACCACCUCCUCUCUCAAAUAAUGACACACAGCUACAUUAAUGCGUGCUCAGGAGAACGUCUAGUCCUUCUGGAGCCUGAACUACUGGAGUUUAUCAGUGCAAGUCAACCAACAAAAGAACAAGAUGAGCCUAAACCACAGUGUAGGGAACACUUUGCCAAAGAACAAAGAGAACAAAGUGAAAUCGAACAAAGAAAGAUUGAAAUAUAUACAGAGAAACACGAAAUGGAUGUAACUGAUGAUGCUGUAACAGAAAGCUUAACUGAUAAUAGUGUAGUAAAGAGCUCUGAUACAGACACAAAAGUAGUGGAAACAAUACAUAAAGUUUCUAAAAUUGAAAUGCUCCCUUCAUUUCAAAAGUCAGGGAAUAUCGCUGACCCUUUGAGUACAUCGGAUAAAACAAAAGUGAGUCAAGAAAAAGAGCUGGGCCUGGCUGCAUCAGAGAAUGCUCUUAAAGCUGAGAUGUCUGAGUCAGAUCUGUCCAUGCUUGGGGGGGCAAAGACAGUUGAAUCUGAACCACCAACUUUGAAGAAACUGUUCGAUGUAAGGAUAGAGAGUGCUGCUUCUGAAGUUUCAGUUCUAAAGGAAAAUUUAGAGAAGACCGUCACAUUCAGUAUUCCUGAAGAAAGCCUUCAAGCCUCUGAUCAAGCAGGUAGCGACAGAAAUUCAGAUCAAUCUGACUCUUCCAAAACCACAAUGACUAUGUCUGUUGAACAAGAAGGUGAAGAUGCAGAGCUUCAGCGCAUGGCAAAUGAGUUAUCGCAAGGAGGUCUUUUGACUGUCGGAGCCAAUAAGUUACUUUUAGAUGAUGCUGUUUCACAGGGUCUGCUCCCAGGCCACACUGCUGUCAAAAUAAUGUCAAAGGCAGGACUGUUUGGUGGUUUCCUGGAUGUGGGCACUUGUGAGUCACUGAGCACUGAAGAUGUAAUGCAAGAAGGCCUGCUAGAUGAAGACUUACUGAGCAGUGUUCUCCAGUCAGAGAAGACUCUAGCUGGUGUUGUUGAUGUGGAACAUGGUCAGAUCCGAUCAUUGAAGGAUGCUGCUCAGACAGGACUUUUGGACUCUGACACAGUAGUUCGUCUCCUUGAGGGCCAGAUUGUCUCCGGGGGAAUCGUUGACCCUCAGAGGGGCAAGAAGGUUUCAGUGACCCUUGCAGCAAAUCUUGGGCUUGUAGAAGAGGACCACAAGGAGGAGCUGCUUGCAUUAGAGAAGUCAUGUCGUGGAAAGAGUUCUGAUCCACUUGUGUCAAAGACAAAAUUUGAACUGCAGCUACAGAUGGAUGGUGUGGUGGACCCUAAAACAAAGGAGCCUCUACCUCUUCAAGAAGCCAUUGAGAAGGACAUUAUUGGUCAUGAAGAAGCAGAGCAGAUCCUAUUGCAGCAGGUGGCUGAAGGUGGGAUUUUGCAUCAUGGCUCUGGAGUUCGUCUCACAGUAACUAAUGCAGUACAGAAAGGUCUUAUUGACCAGUCAUUUGUGCCAAAGCUGGAAGAUUUUGAAAAGUCUUGUGAGAGGAAAGAUGAAUCUAAGAUACUCUCCCCUGAGACAUUCGCAGGCUUCAUAUAUGAUACAGCUUCAAAGAGCAGACUUACAUUGACUGAAGCUGUUUCACAAGGUAUCAUCGAAGAGGACACUGCAGAGAAAGCAAUGGAAGCACCCAAACUAAGAACUGGUGUUUUGGACCCUCAUAGUGCUCAUGUUGUUCCUUACACUGAGCUUAUUAACAAGGGAAAGAUUGAUAUUGAGACCGGCCAGCGAUUUCUUGAAGUGAGACCUUUUAGAGGCUUUCCACACAAAGAAAGUGGAGACAUGAUGACAGUACCAGAAGCAGUGAAGUCUGGACAAGUUGACCCAAUUCCAGCUCUUAGGGUGUUGCAGAGUCAAGCAGAUUCUGGAGGAAUCAUCAAUAUUACAGAUGGAAAGAGACUGUCCAUUCCAGAGGCUGUUGAAAAAGGUCUUAUUGAAAAAGAUGUGGCCAAAGUCAUUGUAACGAAUCAGUUAGUGAAAGGUGGACUAAUUAACCCUGUUAGUGGUCAGAAAGUGUCUGGUCUUAAGGAAGCUGUUCAAGAGGGGCUCAUCACAGAAGAAAUGGCUGCAGAUCUUUGGGAUAACUUCGGCCCUGUGGACGAACCAAUUUAUGGGGAAGAAACCCCUAAGACAUUGAGUUUGUCUCAAGAUGGAAAAGAGCAUUAUCUAAUGUCCCAGAUUGGGUCAAACCAAGGCAGUGAUGAGCAUGAUGCACAUCUUUCAGAGUCAGAAAAGACUCCAUAUAUGAUUAAAGAACAUUUUGAGGGGAUCCUAGAGAUUGAUAAACCUGAUCACAUACAGCUUAUUCAGCACCAUUCACCAUCUGAAGAAGCCAUGGACGAGCAAGGUCAUGAAGUGGGCAAGGAGACUUUAUCAAUGGAUUUGCAUAAAGAUAUUCCUGUAUCAUCAGAAACGCUGACUCGUUGUCCACUAAGCGAAGAAGAAAAGACCAUUAAAGACUUUGGCCCCACAAGACAUAAAGAUAGGAAACUGCAGCAUGAGUCAAGUGAGAUUCAGACUCCACAGGUAUCUCUGACUGAAAGUGAAGAUGGAAAACAACAUGACCCUACCCACACACCUGCCUUUACCCCACUCCCAAACAACCAAAUGCAGAUGCAAUCUGAAUUAACAGCCACACAAAAGCUGAAAGAGAGUGGCUACAGGUUAGAGGAUGCCUCAGACAUCACACCUAAAUUAAAUUAUCCACAACCACAAGCCCUGUCAGACUUUACAGAGAAGAGUAAGGGGCAGUUUCCCAAUACAGCAGAACAGCAAUCUUUGUUUGAAGCAAAUCCAAUUUGUGAAACUAAAGAUGAAACAGAUGGCACUGCUUUAUCCACUUCUGAGGGAGGGGAAAAGAUGCCAGGGAAAAAGAAUGUCAAAAGAAAGAACAAAAAACAAGCCAGAAUGGGUACAGAAAGAGAUGAAAGGUUAGAGGUUAUACCUGUGAAUACAGAUAUUGCUUCUCCUGUAGAGCAUACCAAGAUGGAGAAUGGAAAAGAACUGUCAGACAUUGUUGAACAAUCUGCUAAAAUACAUGUAAAAGUAGAAAAGGAGGCCAAAGAGAAGUUGGAAUUUAGUGAAAAAGUGUAUUCCUCAGUUGCAGAGGAUGUGGAGGAUGCUGCCUUAAAAUACUUCCUAGAUGUUCAACAGAAAGAUGUCAGAGUAGAUCUGGAGGCUGCAAAACCGGACAUUGUUACUCAAACAGAGAGUACUGAGAUAGCAGAUGGCAAGGAAAGAAAGGUGAAAGUAAAUAUGGAAAAUCUGACACCUGAAAAUUUGAGUUUAACCACGCAUGUGAAGGGCACAGAUCACAAGACUUCAAAAGAAGUUGAUGAUCAAGCCAUUUGCAGUGCUUUACCUCAGGAUUUGAGUAUAGUCACACCAAUAAAGGAAACUGAACGUAAGAUUGCAAAGGAAGGUUUUAGUAUUGAUAAAUCCAUUGAAGGUGAUGUAACGAGCAAGAGUAAAGUCGUUUUGAGGGGUUUUAAGCCUCCUGCUAUUGGCAUUGCUUCACCUGGGGAUUUCAGUGAAUCCACACCAGAGAAGGGGACUGAGUACAAGGUUUUAAAUGAAGUUGUUACAGUUAAUAAUAAAUCUAGUGAAGCAGUAGAGAAAGGCAAGAGUAAAGCUGUUUUGGAGGCUCCACAGCCUCCAAAUGUUGGCAUUGCUUCACCACAGGAUUUGAGUGUAGCUACACCAGUGAAGGAAACUGAGAACAAGAGUACAAAAGUCGUUAAUAUUGAUAAAUCUGUUGAGGGAGAUGUGAAGGGCAAGAGCAAAGUUGUUUUAAAGGGUCUGAAGCCUCCUGUUGUUGGCAUUGCUUUGCCUCAGGAUUUAAGCGAAGCCACAUUGGUGAAGGACAUGAACCGCAAGACUUCCAAAGAUGUUGUUGGCACUGGUGAUAAAGCCAUUGAAGGAGUAGAGAAAGGCAAGAGUAAAGGCAUUUUGAAGGCUCUACAGCCUCCAGAUGUUGGCAUUGCUUCAUCGCAGGAUUUGAGUGUAGCCACACCAGUGAAGGACACCAAGCAUAAGACUGCAAAAGCAGAUGUGAAGGGCAGAAGCAAAGUAGCUUUGGAGGUGCUACAGCCUGCAGAUAUUGGGAUUGCUUCACCCAAGGAUUUGAGUGUAGCCAAACCAGUAAAGGGCACUGAGCACAAAACUGCAAAAGCAGAUGUGAAGGGUGAGGGCAACAUUGUUUUAGAUGUUCUGCCAGGUAUUGCCACACCAGUAAAGGGCGCUAAGCAUAAGACUGCAGAAGACGUUGUUAGUACGGCUGAUAAAUCCAUUGAAUCAGAUGUGAAGGGUAAGAGCAGAGUUGUUCUGGAGGUUCAAAGGACUCCAGGUACUAACAUUGUUACACCUCAGGAUUUGGGCGUUGCCGCAUCUCUGAAAGGCGCUGAGCAUAAGACAGCAAAAGAAAUUGUUAGCUUUGAUAAACCCGUUGAAAGAUUAGAGAAGGGCAAGAGCAAAGUUGUUUUAGAGGUUCUGCAGCCUUCAGAUAACAGUGCUCCACCUCAGGAUUUAAAUGUGGCCACACCAGUAAAUGGCACUCAACGUAAGACUACAAAAGCAGAUGUGAAAGGUCUGCAGCCUCCAGUCACUGGCAUUGCUUCAACUCAGAAUAUGAGUGUUGCUACACCUGCAAAGGGCAGUGAGCACAGCACUGCAGAAGGAGUGGCGAUUACUGAUGCUAAUUCAAAUGAAAGAGAUGUGAAGGGCAAGAGCAAAGGUGUUUUGGAGGUUUUACAGACCCCAGAUAUUGGCAGAACUUCACCUCAGGAUUUGAGUGAAGGAUUAGUAGAGGCCACUAAGCACAAGAAUGCCAAAGAAGUUGUUAGUAUUGAUGAUAAAUCAAUUGACAAAGUAGGGAAGAGCGAGAGCAAAAUCCUUUUGGAGGUUAAACAGCCUCCAGAUAUUGACAUUACUUUACCUCAGGAUUUGAGCAAAGCCAUACCAGUAAAGUGUACUGAUCACAAAAGUGCCAAAGAAGUUGUUGAAGGUAUAGAAAAAGGUGAUAGCAAAGCCGUUUUGGAGGUUCAACAAACUCCAGGUUUUGGCAUUGCUGCACCUCAAGGUCUUUGUUCAGCCACUCCUGGGAUGGACACUGAGCACAAGACUGUGAAGGAAGUUGUUAUUAUUGAUAGUAAAUCCAUUGAAGGUGAUUUGAAAGGCAAAAGCAAAGUGGGUUUGGAGGUUCAACAGCCAUUAGAUAUUGACAGUGCUUCCCCUCAGGAUUCAACUGUAGCCAAACCUGUUAAGAGCACUAAGCAAAAGACUGCCAAAGAACUUGUCAGUAUUGAUAGUAAAUCAGCUAAAGGAGGUUUGAAGGGCAAGAGUGAAGUUAGUUUGGAGGUUCAGGAACCUCUAGAAAGUAGCUCUGCUUCACCUCAGGAUUUGAGCAAAACCAAACUGGUGAAGGACACUGAGCAAAAGACGGCAGAAGAAGUUGUCAGUAAAUAUAGUAAAUCCACUAAAGGAGAUUUGAAGAGCAAGAGCAAAGUAAGUUUGGAGUUUUUGCAGCCUCCAGAAAUUGGCAUUGCUUCUGCUGUUGAUUGCAUUGAGGAGACGUGUGUAGAUGAUGGUUUUACCAGUGAUCAAAAAGUUGAUGAAUGUGAGAAAAUAGAAAGUAUGAACAGAGAUUCAGCAAAGAUGGAAACUAAAGUGUUAGUCAAUGAUGAAAAAUCUGGUGAAGAUGUAAAAGUGCAUAGAGAGAUCCAUGUAGAUUUGGAGAAUCUGCAGUCUCCAGAUUUAAGUGUCACUUCCACUGUAGAGGUCCUGGAGAGCAACUCUAGAAAAGAAACAGUUUGCACAGAUCAGAGGUCUGAUUUCGUGAUACUGGAGAGAGGGGGCAAAUUAGAUUCAGAAGUUCUGCAGCCUCCAGAUGUAAGUGUGACUUCUGCAGUAGAAUACUUGGAACACAAGUCUGGAAAAGAAGUUGCUGGCACAGAUCAGUGUUCUGAAGUUGUGAUGUUUGAGAGAGAGCACAAAUUAGAUCCAGAGGUCCUCCACACUCCAGAUAUGAGUACUGCUUUAUCUCUAGUCAGCACUGAGAAGACUAGAGAAAAAAGUGUAGCCAGUGUUGAAGAACCAUUGGAAGAUGGGAAACUAAAGGGAGAUGCCAAAAUAGACCAUUUAGAGAGCAGACCGUUUCCAGGUACGAGGGAGACUUUGCCUGCAAUGGAAAGUGAGUCUGAACAUACUGGACAUACUAAAGAGAAGUCUUUUGAAAAGAAUGUAAAAAUAAAGACAAUAGCCAAAGCAGAGUUGCCAGAAUCACCUAAAACAAGUGACAGUAUUGUACCUCCACCUGUAGAUUUGCAUCAGGGAGAAAUGGGUGCUAUUGUCCAGAGACAACCAAGUGAAAAUGGAAACAAGAUGCCUGGAUUUGAGGCUUCAAAGGAUAAGAUUGCUGUUCUGCAGGAUGACCACAGCAGUACGGAACAUGAAUUAGACAGCCAGAUGCAACACGUAGUCAUGAAAGAUGAAUCAAAAACAGAAUACAACAAAGCAUUAGACAAUUCUGAGGCAGAUGUUCCAAAGGAAAUGGAUACAAAGAAAAAGAAGAAGAAAAAGAAUAAAAAAGCCAAGCAAGUCUUGCAGUCUGUUUCAAAAUCUGAAAAGAAAGAAGAUGAGAAUAGUGAUGAUGCCUCAACUCAAAGAGAGAAAUUGACUAGGUUAGAAAAAGAAGGGAUUGAACCACCUCAAAAGCCUAACCAAGCUCAGCGUGAAAAGGAGGCACUUCUUAUGAAGGCAAAGGAAAGUAUUCUUAGGAAAGUAUUUGAGCGCGGGGUCACUGAGAAACAGGCUGCUGAAGAGUUAGAAGCAUUGCGUCAAUUCUCUGCUAAGGAAAGGCAUGUGACUACAGGACAGGACAAACCCAAAAAAGAAAGGAAAGACCCGACAGUGCUUCCGAAGGAAACAACUACCAAAACUCAAACGACGAAGCUAGUAGAAAAAAUUGGAAAAGGUUUGGAAGAAAAAGUUGUACCUGGGUCUGACUCAACACAAAAGCAUUUCAUUGAAACAGACCCUGGCAUAACUCCAGAAACUGUGACUCAAGCUUUAUCAGAUGUUUCCAGAAAGGAGGAUUUGGGCAACAAAGAAACCACUCAAGUACCUAUUGUAGAUUUAGAUAUAAAGGUUGGAGAUGCAGCAGCAAAAGUGUCAGAACAGGAACCACUUGACAAGAAAAAUGAAAAGCUGGAAAUGAAAACAUCUCAAGUCAGUGAGCAGCAAUAUACUCCUCUUACUGAGGGUUAUGAAGGUAUUAAAUCAGAUUUCAUCAAAUCACUUCCUCCAAAAGCAAUAAUUAAGAAUCCGGCUGCUGUAGCACAGAGCGAUCUCACUGAAAAUAAAGCUGAAAAGAUUGCAGUAACACCCAAAGUCAAUGAGCAGUCUCUAACCACACUUACUGAGAUCUCUGAUCAUAAUAAAGACAAUUUCAGUAAGAGUGUGCCUCCAGUGGAUUCUAUUGAUUUAGAACAAAAUGACCCUGAUAUAUCAAGCUCUGAAACAGGAACAGACCUUGGCCAGGACAUGGCUAAAGAGCACACUUCUGUUGACACUGAGGACAAAUCUGAAGCUUCCAUUCUCGAGUCCACCACAGAGUCUGGACCCUCAUAUCAGUCAGAGGACAUCCCUGAGUCUGAUACAACAGAAUGCUGGGAAGAAGAAGAGGAGGAGGAGGAGGUGGUAGAAGAUAAAGAAUACAGAGAGCCUGUAUGUGAGGAAGAGGUUGAAGAACCCAAGAAAAAACUGACGACAACCUCACAGAUUAGUAAGUCCUCUUUAGUUCGCCAAGAGUGCCUAGAACAUGACCAAAAAGUUGUGGCGCUCCUCUCCAUGGUGAGGCACAUUGAGGUACGUCUCAAACAGCACCAGCAACAAUCAGUUGGCCGGAGUCUCAUUGCACUGGAUGACAUCAUCAGACAGACCGAGACUGUAGCUCUGGAGCUCAGUGAUUUGGAGCCACAAGUGAACCAAGAGGUUGAAGCAUCCAGGCAGCUUCUAAACUCCAACCUUGAAGAUGUGCCGCCUCAGUUGCUCAAGGCCCUGGAGAAGGAUGAGCGCAGUUUAUCCCGUGCCUUUGAUGCUGCAAAUGAGCUUUCCCGGAGUGUUGUGCAAGGCAUGAAAUCACAGUACGGAGCUCAGAAGGAUGCGGUGAGUAGUGAACUGGGAGCUUUGGGUGGAAGAGUGGACAGUCUUCUCAACUGGCUUAAAGACAUUGAAGCUCAGACGGAGCAAGAAACAAGGGAUGAUGGCAAGAAGUGGGCAUUAGUGGACCUUACCCAAAGACUGCAGCAAUGCAAGGAGCUGGAGGAGUAUCUUACAGCACGCAGCACUGAUGUGAGCACUGUGGCAUUUGACAUCCAAGUGUUUAUCUCUGAGCGUGCGCAGGAUCUGGAACCAGAGCAAAGCAGGCAGCUGUUGAGGCAGCUGCAGCAGCUGCAGAGGGCCUUCCACCAGGCCUCAGGCCGCGCUCAUGCCAGAGCUGAGGCCCUCGCAGUUCAGCGAGCCAGAGAGGAGGAGCGAGAACAACAUGAGAAACAGAGGGAACUUGAGAAAAGAGAAAGGGAAAAGGAGAGACAGACUGCAUUGAAGAGAGAGGUGGUGCAGCAGCAGAAAGCCGAGUGCUCGCAGAAGCUCGAAGGACUCUCCAUGUGGUUGGCUGGUGCAGCCGGUCUGCUGGCCAGUCAGAGAACGGGAGCAGAUUCAGGGGAUGUGAGCGUACUUCAGCAGAAACAGAGUGAGCUUAAGGAGGUGCAGAAGGAUCUUAAGGCCAAAGGUGAUGGGGUGGCUGAGGCGAUACGAUCAGUGGAGGAGUUCCUGGCUGAGCGUGGGGAUGAUCUGAGCCCAGAGGAGAGGGCCAACCUGCAGGGAGCCCUGAAGCGUAUGAAGGAACAGUACAGCACAGUCACAGAAACAGCCCAGUCCUCACUGACACAACUGGACACUGCCAUCAGCACAACAGUACAGCAAAACACACAGAGGGCUAAAGCGGAGGAGGAGCUGCAGGAGACUCAGGGACAGAUAGACAAGCUACUUAGAGAGUUGUCAUCAUUAGACACGUCCAGAAGGAAGUCGUUAGAGGAAUGUGUUACAGACUCUCCCUCUGCUGUAACACCAGAGGGCGCUCUGAACUCUCACAGUGAUUUGCUGAAGGCUGAGCUACAGCAGUUACAAACCCAGCAGGCUCACCUCCUACAGGUGGCCCAGUCCACUCGCACUCUGCUAGAGAUGCCCGACUCCAGCGUGCCCCCGGAGGAGAAGCAGCGACUGCGUGCCAGGCUAGACCAGCUGCAGAGCCAGCACCAGGAACGCCUCCAGAGCUGCCAGGACAGACAGAGGCGGACAGAAGCCCUCAAAGACGAGCUUGCCAAGUUCUUGCAAGAGCACGGAACCUUGGGAACAUGGCUGGAGCAGAGUGAACUGGGGCUCAGUUCCAUGGCACAAGGAGAAGCUGAUGCACAAGAUCUGAGACACAGACUAGAAGAGCACAAAAAGCUGGCAGAAGAUUUGAUCUGCCAUAAGGCAGACUUACGCUUCGUGUCCAUCUCUGGUCAGAAGGUGCUGGACUCUGUUCAGGGGACUCUGGACAGAAUAGGUGGCACUGACCCAGCUCUGGAGGACACAAGGCAGCUGGUCAGCGACAAGUUGCAAGAUGCCACACAACGUUACAAUUCGCUACAAAGCAAGUCUGUAGACCUUGGCACCCAUCUGUCCACUCUGUUGGGUCAGUACCAGCAAUACCAGUGUGAAGCUAGUGCUUUGGACACAUGGCUGAGCGCUCAGGAGAAAAACCAAAGCAUAUUCAAACCCAGCGGAGAGCAGACAGACACACAGACACUACAGACCACACUGAAUGCUGUAAAGCAUCUGCAAGAUGAGCUGGCCGAGCGCUCAGUGCAGUUGGAGAAGGUGAAGAAAGCAGGCAAAGCUCUCACCAGCACCAACGAUUCCCCCACACUUAAAGCAACAGACAUCAACUCUAACACAGUUGCUCUUGAGAGUCGGUUUGAAACUCUGUCAGAGAAUGUCUCUCAAAGAGCCGAGCAGCUCCAAACUGCUGUUGCUCAGUCUGUCAGCGUUCAGGAGGGGCUUAAAGCUUUGCUGGCAUGGCUAGAUGGUCUAGUGUUAACGUCUGGACCAGUCCAGCCUACUGCCCAAGCAGUGCAGGAGGCACUCACCCAAAAUCAGAAACUGCGGCAGGAACUAUUGUCACGACAGGGCAGUGUAGAAGCCACUCAAGACUCUGUGUCCAAGCUGCUGAAAUCCGCAGAUGCGUCAACCGUCUCUGGGCUGCAGGGGGCACUGCAAGACCUGGCCCAGCGCUAUACCGCAGCCCAGACUAAGCAGGCUGAGAAUGAGACUGAACUGCGAGGGCUUCUGCCCAAGCUGGAGAGCUUUGAGCAUCUGAGCAUGGACCUCCACAGCUUCACCCAGAGCCGAGAGAGAGCUCUGAGUGUAGGAGGGCAGCCAGAGUGCAGCAUGGAGGACUACAGACGCACAAUAGAGGAGGUGAAAUCAGAACUUGCCCAAGAAGCCAGUCAACUGAAGUCGUUUGUGGAGCUUGGUACAGACCUCAGCCAGUCUGGGGUACUUGCCAAUGCACACAGCCUUCUGGACUCAACCAAAGAGGUGUCGGAGGAGUUUACUAGACUGGAGGCCACUGUCACUGAUAAAUUGAGUGCCAUCCAGGGCUGUGAGCAGCAGUUAGUGGAGUUUCGCUCGCUCUCUGGCUCCCUCCUCAGGUGGUUGCAGACCGUGCAGGAUCAGCUGCCUGCUAAAGAGCCCAAUCAGAACACAGAGGGCCUUCAGAGGAGAGUACAGCAGCUCAAGGACCUGCUAAGUGAAUGGGAGUCCCAGGGUGGCCGAGUUCAGGAGUUGAACAAAAGCAGCUCGGAGCUGGAGAGCUUGAUCAUCAGCAUCACUGCUUCACACAACAAGACUGGUGUUUCCCAGCUCAAUGGUGCCGGCAGCUCCAGCAGUGUCAAUGGCAUUCACACCUGCAAAGACCUGACAGAGAUCCAGGUGGCCGUGGCUGAGGUGAACAGCAGGUAUGAGCAGCUGGGUAAGAAUCUUCAGGACAGGCAAGGAAAGCAGCAGGCUUCUCUGGAGCUCCGCCAGAAGGCCAGACAGGACACCGAAACUCUGCUCCAGUGGUUGGGACCUCGUGAGCAGAGUCUGACCCAGGGCCAGGCCGGCUCACCCUCAAGACCCGAGGUGGUACGGGCCCAAGCCCAGGAGAACAAGGCCUUGCUGUCGGAACUCGCAGAGCACUCUGGGAAGGUAGAGGAUCUGAAGAAAACACUGAAGCAACUGAUAACAGAAAACCAAGAUUCCCCAGAAGCAGAGACCUGGAAACAGCAGCUUACAGACAUAGACACUCGGUGGGAGAAAGCAAAUACGACUGCAGCUCAGAGGCAGACCGAGUUGGAGACAUGUGCUGACAGGCUGGGCAGCUUUGCAUCAGCAGCCAAUCAGCUUGGCCCCUGGCUACGAGAGAAGGAACUGAUGAUGAGUGUGCUUGGUCCUUUAAGCAUUGACCCAAACAUGCUUAACACACAAAAACAACAAGUGCAGUUCAUGCUGCGUGAAUUUGAGACGCGCCGACCGCAGUUUCAUCAGCUGACCCAGGCAGCUGAGGGCAUCCUCUCUCCUGCUGGAGAACAAGGCUCUGGUGAUAAGGACCUGGCCGAGGUGCAGCAGGAGCUGGCUGCCAUAACCAAGCAGUGGGACGACCUGACUUCUCGCCUCUCUGGCCGCUCUGGGAAAAUUGACCAGGCGCAGGGGACAAGCGAGCGAUUCCAGACCUUGCUGAGGGAACUCUCUAUGAGUAUUGCUGAUCUGGGUGAAAGAUUAGAUGCCCAGGCCUCUCUGAGUGUCCAGCCUGAGGCUUUGCGCCGCAGGUUGCAGGAGACUGGAGAAAUCCGUGCGGAACUGGAGCAGAGGAAAGGCCAGUUAGCCCAGGCUGAACAGCUGUGUACAGAACUCAGCACUAUUGUCGCAGAGCCUUACCUCAGAGAUGAGCUACAGAAGAGACUGGAGAGUGUCAGCAGUCCACUGAACAGCCUGGAGGAAAGAGCAGCGGAUGGCCUCUCCCAGCUGCAGUCUGCUCUCUCCAGUACACAGCAGUUCCAGCAGAUGUUUGAGGAGCUUCGUAGCUGGUUAGACCAGAAGGCUGGGGAGCGCAUAGGUGGUGCAAAUGAUCCUCUUCCCUGCUGGCCAGAAGCUCUACAGACCCUCCUUUCCCAGCAGGAGGAACUCCUACGUGGAGUGGCCCAGCAGCGCGGGUCCUACGAUCUUAUCCAAGCUGAGGGCACAUCUCUCCUGGCAUCGCUUCCAGCUGGAGAUGAACGAUCAGCCUUGCAAUCCCGACUUAGUUCCCUGAGACAGGACUGGGAAGGCCUGAACCAACGCCUCAAUGAGAGACAGGCCCGUAUUAAGGAGACGCUGUCCCGUGCUGAGCAGUACAGACAACACCGGGAUGAGCUGGCUCCCUGGGUUACGGACUGUGAACAGAGGGAAGCAGAGAUCCAGCCUUCUCUGGAUCCUGCAGCCCUGGAGGAGGCCUUGCAGAAGGGGAGACAGUUAGGCUUGGACUUGGAUCGCCGUCGUCCCCUUUUGGAGAAUCUGAACUCUGCGGCAGACCAGCUACUGGAGCAGAGCAGGACCGGUGAAGAGGAGGUGAGGGACGAGAAAGCCCAACUGAACCGCAGGGUGGACAGCCUCUCUGAGAGGUUACAUGGGCGCACGGCUCAGCUUGAGGAGCUGGGCAGCAGACUGAAGGAAUUUGAGGAAGGCAGGCAAGCAGUUGAGAGAAGGCUAGAGGCAGCAAAACAUCAGCUGGAAGUCCAGGAGGCACUGGGUCCACAGGCUUGCAGCAAUAAGAGUCUGGAGCGGCUCCGCAGCCAACAGGAGUUGCUAAACUCUCUGCAGCCACAGGUUGUGUAUCUGCGAGAUCUAGCGCAAGGGCUCGUUCAGGACAUGCCGCAGGCAGGAGGUGACAAUGGAGAUGGAGGACAGCAGUUGGUGAAUCAAGCUUGUGACACAGAGAGGGAAUUUGGUGAAGUCACUGAGAAGAUUGAGCAAUGCUGCACGUCCCUGGAGUCUCGACUGCAAGGCGUUGGGGAGGUUCAGUCCAGUGUCCGUGAUGUAUUCUCCCGGCUAGCUGACCUGGAUGAUGAACUGGACAGUUUAAGCCCUGUAGGGCGAGAUGUGGAUUCUCUGGCUUCACAGGCCGAGGCAGUAAAGAGCUUCCUAGGUCGCCUUGCCACCUUACGGACUGAGUUAGAGGGCCAUGGGGGCGAAUGUACCACCAUGCUGCGCAGAGAGGGCAGCUCUCCAGACCUCCUGGCCCUCAGAAGGGAAACUGAGGCACUAAACAGACAAGCGGGGAAGCUUGCUGAAAGGGGCCAGGGUCGAUUGGCCCUCAUAGAGGCAGCUGAGGAGCGGGUGAGAGAGUUCUACGCUCGCCUCACGGAGCUCCAAGGCCUGCUGGACCUGGGAGAGGAUGGGGUGAAUGCACAGGGCGUUGUGGGGUCAGAAGUGGAGGUGAUCAAGCAACAGCUUCAAGAGUUUAAGGCUGUGGAGCGGGAGCAGGUAGACAGCAUCCAGCCCAAAGUGCAGCAUGUGAAUGCUGUGGGACAGGGGCUGAUCCAGAGUGCAGCCAAACACACAGACACACAAGCCUUGGAGCAUGACCUGGAGACCACCAACCUCCGCUGGAACUCUCUCAACAAGAGGGUUGCUGAAAGGAUUGCUCAGCUGCAAGAGGCUCUGUUACAUUGUGGGAAGUUCCAAGAUGCUCUGGAGCCACUGUUGAGCUGGCUGAGUGAUACAGAGGAGCUGAUAGCCAAUCAAAAACCACCAUCUGCUGAGUACCGUGUGGUUAAAGCACAAAUCCAAGAACAGAAGCUGCUCCAAAGGUUGCUGGAUGACCGGCGGGCAACAGUUGAGAUGAUCAGGGUAGAGGGAGAGCGUAUCGCUUCCACAGCAGAGACUCAAGACAGGGACAAGAUCCAGAAGCAGCUACAGAGCCUCGGGGAGCGGUGGACAGACUUGCUAGAGAAGGCCAGCAGCAGGCAAAAGCAGCUAGAGGAGUUGCAGGUGCUGGCUCUGCAGUUCCAUGAGACGGUGGAGCCUCUGGGAGAGUGGCUGAGUGCCACAGAGAGACGUCUGAGCUCCGCCGAGCCCAUGGGAACCCAAACCUCCAAAAUCACCCAGCAGAUCAGCCGCCACAAGGCCCUCCAAGAGGAGGUGCUUUCCCGAGGAGCAGAGGUUGACCAUCUGGAGACUCUGGGCCAAUCACUAUCCCCCCUUAGCUGUACAGCAGAUCGUGAUUGGCUAAAAGAGCGAGUAGGGGCAAUGCGCAGUGGGUACACUGAUCUGCGUGAUUGGUGCGCUCGCAGAGAGACCUUGCUGGAGCAGGCCCUGGCCAACGCACAGCUGUUUGGGGAGGAGGAGGUGGAGGUGCUGAACUGGCUGGCUGAGGUGGCCCAGCGGCUGGCUGAAGUCUCAGUGCAGAGCUACCAGCCCGAGCUGCUGGCUGAACAGCACAAACAUACUCUGUCUCUGAAUGAGGAGAUCGUAAGCAGGAAGAAGACAGUAGACCAGGCCAUUAAAAAUGGACAGGCUUUACUGAAACAGACGACAGGUGAGGAGGUUCUGCUCAUCCAGGAGAAGCUGGAUGGUAUAAAGAGCCGUUAUGCAGAGAUGACAGCAGGCAGCAGCAAGGCCCUUCGCACCCUGGAGCAGGCACUGCAGCUCUCCACACGAUUCGCCAGUGCUCACGAGGACAUCAACCAGUGGCUGGAUUCUGUGGAGGCAGAGCUUAACAACAUGGAGCCAGACACAACACCAGCCUAUCAGGAUAGACAAAAGGAGCUAAAAUGUGUAUCUGCUGAGAAGAGGCUGGUUCUGGACACUAUUAAUGAAGUAGGCAGUGCUUUGUUAGACCUGGUGCCGUGGCGCGCUCGUGAGGGCCUGGACCGCCUGGUUGCCGAUGCCAACCAACGCUAUCGACAAGCUGACGAGACCAUCACACAGAGGGUGCAGCUUGUGCAGGCAGCCAUUCAGAGGUCUCAGCAGUAUGAAGAGGCAGUGGAUGCGGAACUGGCCUGGGUGGGGGAGACGGAGAGGAAACUGGCGUCUCUGGGGCCUCUCAGUCUGGAGCCUGACGUGACCGUGGCUCAGCUCCAGGUUCAGAGGGCCUUUAACAUCGACAUCAUCCGCCAUAAGGACACGGUGGACCAACUCCUUAACACACGAGAGGAUAUCCUGGAGAGCUGCAGCGAACAACAGAGAGAGGCUCUGAAGGUAAAAACAGACUCACUGAGUGCUCGGUACGAGGCAGUCAGUCAAAAUCAUGCUGAGCGAUUUUCAGCUCUGGAGCAGGCUCAGGUGCUGGUGGCUCGUUUCUGGGAGACUUACGAGGAGCUGGAGCCCUGGCUGGGUGAAACUGAGACCCUCAUCUCCCAACUGCCUCCUCCAGCCAUCGACACAGAGGCCCUCAGACAGCAGCAAGACCAGAUGAGGCUCCUCAGAGAAUCCAUAGCUGAGCACAAGCCUCACAUCGACAAGAUACUGAAGAUUGGCCCCCAACUGGCUGAACUGAGCGCCCAGGAGGGGUCGACAGUGAGACAGCGGUACAGUGAAGCAGAGAGACGCUACCUGGCUAUCAAAGAGGAGGUGAAAAAUCGAGCUGCAUCGCUGGAUGAGGCCUUCUCUCAGUCUGCGCAGUUCCAUGAUAAAAUGGACCCUCUGCUGGAGACACUGGAGGGUGCAGUGCAGCGCUUGAGGCAGCCCCCUCCUGUGGCAGCAGAGGUGGAGAAGAUUCGUGAGCAACUGGCUGAGCACCGGGCGGCUGGGCUGGAGCUGGACAAGCUGCUGCCCUCCUUCAGUGCACUGUGUUCGCGUGGGGAGGAGCUCAUCACCCGUGCACCACACGAUGACCCUGCUGCCCAGGCGGUGCGUUCUCGACUCCUGCGGCUACGCUCUCUGUGGGACGAGAUCAGGCAGAGGGCUGAAGAGAGAGAAGGAAAGUUACAGGAUGUCCUAGACUUAGCCGGAAAAUUCUGGGCUGAUAUGGCAGCCCUGCUGAGCACACUCAGAGACUCGCAGGAUAUUGUCAAAGAGCUGGAGGACCCUGGAGUAGACCCAUCUCUCAUCAAACAGCAGAUAGAAGCAGCUGAGGCCAUUAAAGCAGAGACCGACGGCCUAAGGGAGGAGCUGGAGAUUGUACGCACACUGGGAGCAGACCUCAUCUUUGCUUGUGGAGAAACUGAGAAACCCGAGGUCAAAAAGACCAUUGAUGAGAUGAACGCUGCCUGGGAGGGUCUGAACCGCACAUGGAGAGAGAGGAUGGAGAAGCUGGAGGAGGCUAUGACUGCCUCUGUGCAGUACCAGGAUGCUCUCCAAGGCAUGUUUGACUACCUGGACAACGCUGUCAUCAAGCUGUGUGAAAUGCAGACCAUUGGCACUGACCUCAGCACUGUCAAACAACAGAUUGAGGAGCUCAAGCAAUACAAGGUGGAAGUCUACCAACAGCAGAUUGACAUGGAGAAGCUCUGCCACCAGGGGGAGCUGCUGCUCAAGAAGGUUACUGACCAAACUGACAGAGACAUGAUACAAGAGCCUCUUACUGAGCUCAGACACCUGUGGGACAACCUUGGAGAAAAGAUCACUCUCAGACAGCACAAAUUGGAAGGUGCCCUCCUAGCCUUGGGUCAGUUCCAGCACGCCCUUUCUGAGCUGCAGUCCUGGCUCAGCCACACCCACGCCACUCUGGACACACAACGACCUGUCAGCUCGGACCCCAAAGCCAUUGAGAUUGAGCUGGCCAAACAUCAUGUGUUGAGGAAUGAUGUGCUCUCCCAUCGAGCCACAGUGGAGACAGUGAACAGUGCAGGCUCAGAGCUGCUGGACUCCAGCCCCGGAGAUGAGGCCAGCCACCUGAGAGACCAGCUGGAUGAACUGAACCGCAGCUGGGACAGCCUGCUGCUGAAGACCAAGGAGAGGCAGAAACUACUGGAGGCUGCUCUGCAGCAGGCGGAGGGUUUCCAUGGUGAACUGGAGGAGUUCCUGCAGUGGCUGAGGCGCACAGAGAGUCAGCUAUCAGCUGCCAAACCCACAGGUGGUCUUCCAGAGACGGCCAGGGAGCAGCUACAGCAGCACAUGGAGCUACAGUCCCAACUGUCCCAGCGUGGUGAGCAGUACCACCGGCUGCUGGAUCAAGGCGAGUCCAUGCUUCUGGCCAGAGGUGGAGAAGAGGCUGGCCCCGGAACCACUCAGACCCAGCAGAACCUGGCCCUGCUUCAGAACAAGUGGGCUAGCCUGAACACUAAGAUGGACGACAGAAGGGCUAAGCUGGAGGAAGCCGUCUCACUGGCCACUGGGUUCCAGUCUUCUCUUCAGGACACUAUUAACUGGCUGACACAGGCAGAGCAGACUCUGAACAUGGCCCAACCACCCAGCCUCAUCCUCGACACUGUCCUCUUCCAGAUAGAUGAGCACAAGGUGUUUGUGAAUGAGGUGAACACUCACAGAGAACAAGUGUUGGCUCUAGAGAAGGCAGGCUCCCAGCUGCGCUUUGCCAGUCUCAAACAGGAUGUGGUGCUCAUCAAGAACCUGCUGCUGAGCGUGCAGGCUCGCUGGGACAAGCUGGUGCAGAGAUCUCUGGACAGGGGACGACACCUGGAUGAGGCCCGCAAGAGAGCUAAACAGUUUCACGAGGCCUGGAGAAAGCUGACAGACUGGCUGGAGGAGGCUGAGAGUAGGCUGGACUCAGAGCUGGAGAUCUCCAAUGAGCCUGACAAAAUCAAAGUGCAACUGACCAAACAUAAGGAGUUUCAGAAGGCUCUUGGCUCCAAACAGCCAGUGUAUGACACUACAGUGCGCUCUGGAAGGGCUAUGAGAGACAAAGCAACACUACCAGCUGAUACUGAGAAACUAGACCAUCUCCUGGGUGAGGUCCGUGACAAGUGGGACACUGUGUGUGGGAAGAGCGUAGAGAGGCAACACAAGCUGGAGGAGGCUCUGCUGUUCUCAGGUCAGUUUGCGGAGGCCCUGCAAGCUCUGGUAGACUGGCUGUACCGUGUGGAACCCCAGCUGGCUGAGGACCAACCUGUCCAUGGAGAUCUGGACCUGGUCUCAAACCUUAUGGACUCCCAUAAGGCCUUCCAAAAAGAGCUUGGGAAGAGGACCAGCAGUGUGCAGGCUCUGAAAAGAUCUGCUCGAGAGCUCAUGGACACCGGUCGGGAUGACACUGCCUGGGUCAAAGUUCAGCUGCAGGAGCUCAGCAACCGCUGGGACACAGUGUGCACCCUGUCUGUGUCUAAACAGACCCGUCUUCAGCAAGCUCUCAAACAGGCCGAGGAGUUCCGUACAGCAGUGCAGAUGCUGUUGGAGUGGCUCUCCGAGGCAGAGCAGACCCUGCGUUUCCGAGGGGUCCUGCCAGAGGAAUCAGAGACUCUCCAGGAGUUGCUGCACACACACCGGGACUUUAUGCAGACUGUAGAGGAGAAGAGAGUAGAUGUGAACAAAGCAGCCGGCAUGGGGGAGGGAAUACUAGCUGUGUGCCAUCCUGACUGCAUCACCACCAUCAAACACUGGAUCACCAUCAUCAGGGCACGCUUUGAAGAGGUGCUGACAUGGGCAAAGCAGCAUGAGCAACGGCUAGAGACAGCUCUCACUGAACUGCUCAACAAUGCAGCACUUUUGGAGGAGCUGCUGUCAUGGCUACAGUGGGCAGAAACUACAUUAGUGCAGCGUGACACUGAGCCCCUUCCUCAGGACAUCCCUCAACUCAAAACACUAAUGUCAGAGCAUCAGAUGUUCAUGGAGGAGAUGACUCGUAAGCAGCCCGAUGUUGAUAAAGUAACAAAGACCUACAAAAGGAAACCAGCAGAGCCACCCAGCAGCUUGGCUGAAAGGCGCGGUACCCGUAAGCAACAGCAAUCUCAGCAGCAACAGCAGCAUGCUGUUCAGGUUACUGGGGGAAACCCACGGCUCACGCAGCUCUGCUCUCGCUGGCAGCAAGUGUGGCUGCUGGCUCUAGACCGCCAGCGCAAGCUCCAUGAUGCCCUCGACAGGCUAGAAGAGCUGAAGGAGUUUGCUAACUUCGACUUUGACGUGUGGCGGAAGAAGUACAUGCGGUGGAUGAACCAUAAGAAAUCCCGUGUAAUGGACUUCUUCAGACGCAUCGAUAAGGACCAGGACGGCAAAAUCACACGGCAGGAAUUUAUUGAUGGCAUCUUGGCCUCAAAAUUUCCCACCAGCAAGCUAGAGAUGAUGGCAGUGGCCGACAUCUUUGACCGGGACGGUGAUGGUUACAUCGAUUAUUAUGAGUUUGUGGCAGCACUCCAUCCCAACAAAGAUGCUUAUAGACCCACUACAGAUGCAGAUAAGAUUGAAGAUGAAGUCACCAGACAAGUGGCCCAGUGUAAGUGUGCUAAGAGGUUCCAGGUGGAGCAGAUCGGCGAGAACAAGUACAGGUUCUUCCUUGGGAACCAGUUCGGAGACUCGCAGCAGCUACGCCUUGUGCGAAUUCUGCGCAGCACAGUUAUGGUGCGGGUCGGAGGGGGCUGGAUGGCCCUGGAUGAGUUCCUGGUGAAGAAUGACCCUUGCAGAGUGCAACAUCCAGGACUUAAAAUCCUCCGCUCCGACUCCAGCAGCUCCAUAUCAUCUCGUAUAGUGACGGUCACUCCUGGCUAUUUCUGCUGCAGAGCUCGGGGACGUACCAACUUGGAGCUGCGAGAAAAGUUUAUUCUUCCAGAAGGAGCAUCACAAGGGCUGGCGGCAUUCCGCUCGCGUGGCCGGCGCUCCAAGCCUUCAUCCCGGACAGCCUCGCCCACCCGUUCCUCCUCUUCGGCCUCCCACAGCGCACAGAGCUGUGCGUCAGUGCCCUCUGCACCUGCCACACCCACCACCUCGUCAAGGUCCUCCCAAUCUCACUCGCGGGGCUAUGCCAAGCCCUGGCUGGCACACAGUAAAACUCCAACUCCAACCAAGUGCCAGUCCGGCCCAGAGCACUGCCACACCCCUGGGCACGAGGGAGGUUCAACUUCCAAGCUUAAAAGGCCAACUUUCCAUUCCAGCCGUGGCUCUUUAACUGGGGAGAACGGCGGUGCCACACCUGCUGCUAAACCUGGACGCUCUGACAAUAAGCGCACUCCCUCCUCGGCCAGCGGGCCAGCCAGUCGAGCGGGUAGCCGUGCCGGAAGCCGGGCCAGCAGCCGGAGGGGUAGUGAUGCUUCAGAUGCCUCAGAGCUGAUGGAGACACGCUCUGCCUGCUCCGACACUUCUGACACACCACGCCGUCCUGGAGCCAAACCUUCCAAAAUCCCCACCAUCUCUAAGAAGACGCCCAGCCCCAAGACACCAGCAGGCAAGAAGUAAAACCUUCAUCUUCAUUGCGUCAAAAUGUCUGCGGUGUUGGAAACGGGCAGGAGAACUUGAUGCUGCACUCUCUCCUCAACAUGCACAUACACAGACUCUGCGCAUGCCAGCCAGCCUAUGUGCGCACCACCAGCACAGGAUCACAUGGUUUCCAACCAGACCCGAGGAGACAACGAGCUUCUAUAAACUGUAAAGUCCAGUUCAGCCCAGGCUCCUGCCCUCUCCCUCUGGGCAGCUCGCAGUACAGCUGGACACUGCUGAUCCCAGACCCAUCUGCCUCUUCCCAAUUAACAACCAUAAUGAUGCUGCCUUAUUUGUGUUACAUAUUUCUGUCCUUAAUUUUGACUGACUUCUUCUUGGGUGUCUCAAAUGUGUGACUGAGCUGCGCGCCAGCCAUGUGAACUCUAGAACAUGUACACAUACCUUCAAGUGCCCACAUGGACACGUAGAGUUGCACCAAGCACUGGAACAGGGGGUGGCAGGCGGUUCAUCUCAGCACCCUCAAUAUGCAAUGGCUUCUCCACUAUAGUGCUGAGACCUGGAGAGAAGGUACAACCUCAGUUCCAAUACAGGUUCUCAUUGGCACGCACAUUACACUAGGUUUUAUUUCAAUAAGCCAGUGGAAAGAACAUUCACCACCCUGCUCUAUUGUAUGCAAAGCGCCUGGCCUUUUACCCAGGUGUAUCUGUAUGUAUGUGUGUAUGUAUGUAUGUGUGUGUGUGUGUGUGUGUGUGUGUGUUGGGUAAAUUUUCUACUGAGUCUUGAGGGGAGAAAAGAAAAAAAAUUCCAAGCAUCUACUCUACUCUAGAACCUCACAACAUCUUGUGCACCUAGAGCAUGUAGGAAUCCUGUGUGUGUGUUUGCGUGUGUGCUUGGUUUGUGUGGUAGUUUCUUUCAUGGUGAACUAACUCAAUAAAGGAGAGGAAGUGGGGGAAGAUUCAUUGCUCUGGCCUUGCUAAGGCCUCGUUGAGUCAGAUGCUUGGUCAUUUUGACCACACUGCCCCUUCUUUAGGCCGUAGUUUCCCUGUUGUCACAACAAACUGACAGCGUUUAAUGUCCAGAUGUUUUUUUUUCUUCAAAAACAUUUACCAAACAUGGAAAAUCCUGACUCCUGAGAGCACUUAAGUGACACACAGAACAGAUGACAAGAUGUUCAUUAGCGUGCACUGACUGACAUUAAUUCUCCUUCAAUACAAUUUCACCCCUCUGUCCUUGUAGCCCUGAUAUUGAUAUACUCGUGCAGUCAUUGCAGUCACACAUACGUUACAGAUACAAUGUUACACCGGUCUUUCAGUUGCUUUACAGUACGCAAAAACUAAAAAAGAAAAAAAAUUGUGAAUGUUUAAUGGUUAAUUUAUAAUCCUAAUGUAUUUUUUUGGUUUUGUUUGUUUCUUUUCUAGUGUAAAAACAAAUGUGUAUUUAUUUUUCAUGACAGUAUCAUAUCACCUUCUGGGAAAAACUAGUAUUACAAUAAGUCUGAUAACAACAAUGAUUUUGGUUGUGCUUUUUGUGUUACCGUUUUAGUUCUAACGAUUUUUCCUGACAACGAUCAUUUCUGAUGUAAUGGACCAGGAAGCUGACUGAUUCCAAUGGUGGCCUUUUGCCAGUGACUACAGCCUCUAGAUCAUGUCAAAAAGUGACUUCUCAUUUUGUCUAAUGUUGAAAGCUUCUAGGAAAAAAAAGAAAAGAAAAAGGAUCACGGGGACAUAAACACCUCAGAGAAAAGGUGUUUUGAAUAAAUAGUCUUGUCUUUGACAAGUUGAAGUAUAUGAAUACCUAAUGAACGUGAAAUCAGAAGGUGAUUUUUAUUUAUUUAUUGUGUCUGGGGGAGGGAGGAGGGGUAAGGGCUAUGAAAUGGAUUCACCUUUUGAGUCUGUGCAACUCUCUCAGAAUGAUGAAGAGGAAAAUGUCUGGGGUGCAAUUGUGUAAAAGUUAAAGAAAAAGUUAAGAUUAUAAAUCCUUUUUUGUUCUCUUUUGUAUUAAAAUAAUGCUUGCAGUAA